UGUGAUGGAGCCUGCAGCUUCCUGUUUACUAGGAUUCCUUUUGAUCUUUCUUCUCUUACAGUUCACAGUACCUGCCAAAGCAAUGAGUUCCGAUAUACAAAUUAGCAUUCAAGUUCCAGAUGCAGAAAGUGUACUGGUGGAGUGUACUUCAAGAAAUUUGAUCCCACCUGCUGAGAUUACAUGGAGAGACAGCAAGGGGAAAGUAAUUCCACCCUCGUCAAAAUUUGAUUCUCAGGAUAGAGCUGGAUUAUUGUACUUGAAGAGCAAUAUUCUUCUAAAAAACACAACACAAGGUCCUAUCACUUGUUCUAUUUACAAUGUAACUACUAAUCAGGAGAAAAAGAGAAGUAUUUUCCUCCCAGAUGUCCUGUUCAAACCAGCAUAUAUGUCAUUGAUGUCAAAAAGACCUCCAUGCCCUGUAAUAUAUUUGAUCAUUAUAUUAGUUCUUCAUUGUCUCAGAGGCAUACUUGUUUUUUGUUCUUUCAUAUGGAAGAAAUGUAAAUGUAUGGAAGAUUCAAAGAAAAUGAGACUUGGCUAUGAGCUUGGCUGUGAAUGUCUACUGUUAGCUUUGUAUAUUGGCUUCCUUCCUCUCUACUUGACGUUCAGGAGCCAAGCUUCUAUUUUGAAUGAUGCAUACCCAUUGUAUAGUAAUUGGCUGCAGGAUGUAUGCAUAAUCUUGGUUGUGAUGAUGAUAUUUUUCACUCUACUCAUUUUGCUUCUACUUUGUACCCUAAACAACAAAGAACAGAAUCAGAAUGAACAGGAUCAUUUAAGCCAAAUUUCACAUGAAGCUGAUCAAGAAAUGUCAUCAAUUUCGAACCUUCAUUUGGAGAUGGAUGGAGAUAGAGACAGAGACCCACAUUGGAACACUGGACUUAUCUCACCAUAUGGAAUCUUAACGUUCCCAGGAAUCAUCCUGCACCAAGGAAGUUGCAGUGAGGGAAGCAUCCUAGAACAAGGAAGUUGCAAUGAGGAAAACAUCUUAGAACAAGGAAGUUGCGGUGAGGAAAGCAUCCUGCUCCAAGGAAGUUGCAGUGAGGGAAGCAUCCUGGAACAAGGAAGUUGCAAUGAGGAAAACAUCUUAGAACAAAGAAGUUGCAGUGAGGAAAGCAUCUUGUGCCAAGGAAGUUGCAGUGAGGAAAGCAUCUCACACCAAGGAAGUUGCAGUGAGGAAAGCAUCCCGCAUCAAGGAAGUUGCAGAGAGGAAAGCAUCCUGGACUAAGAGGGUUGCAGAGAGGAUAGCAUCCUACACCAAGGAAGUUGCAGAAAGGAAAGAAUCCUGGACUAAGGAAGUUGCUGUGAGAAAUCAUCCUGGACCAAAAAGUCUCAGAGGUGAAAUCAUGCUGUGCCAAGGAACUGUGGCAAUGAGAUAUUAAAUCUUCUUCAGCCCUUAAGAUCAGAUUGCAGUCUCAGCUAGGGAACUUGAGGUAGUAAGAAAAACAGAGAGGGACACAGAUUUGAGCUA